ACGCAAAUACAUUUGCGGAAGUUUAAUUCCACUGACAACAUCAGAAGUAGCUGUUUUAGGUCCCGUGUCCCCAGGAGAAUCCUAAGUACAACUGACAGUUGUUUAGCCUUCCCAGUCUGUGCGUCGGUCCUGGGCCUGGCAAAACAUAUGAGUGUAUCACUGGUUGUCAUCCGGCUGGAGCUCGCGGACCGUUCUCCCUUCCCAGUGGGCUUCCAAUACCGUGCGGCCACCGAGAUGUCUGAUGAAGAAAUCAAAGAGAAGACGUUGCGCACUGCCACUGCUUACUUGGAAGUGAAGGCACCAGAGGAAAGGGCAGCAAUUCUGCACCAGCACAUCGGAAGGAGGGAAAUGACAGAUAUGAUAAUAGAAACUAUAGGCCCUAGCCCUGACACGCCAGUACAUGCUUCAGUUGCUAAAGCUGAUGAUUCAGGUACAAGUUCUAAUAAUAAUGAUUUGGAAGAUUGUGGUGUCCAUGUAACUCCUGAUUCACCCUCCAAACAAUUACCAGAGCAAAUCACUUUCUUCAGUGGAAAUCCUUCAGUGGAAAUAGUUCAUGGCAUCAUGCACCUAUACAAAACAAAUAAGAUGACAUCGUUAAAAGAAGACGUCCGACGCAGUGUAAUGUUGUGUAUUCUUACCGUUCCUGCUACAAUGACCAGUCAUGACCUAAUGAAGUUUGUAGCUCCAUUUAAUGAGGUCAUCGAGCAUAUGAAAAUCAUCCGGGAUUCCACCCCAAAUCAGUAUAUGGUCCUCAUAAAAUUCAGCUCACAGACUGAUGCUGAUAGCUUUUACAUGUCAAGCAAUGGACGCCAGUUUAACUCUAUUGAAGAAGAUGUUUGUCAGCUGGUGUAUGUAGAGAGGGCAGAGGUGUUUAAGUCUGAAGAUGGUGCAAGCCUACCUGUGAUGGAUCUGACAGAGCUUCCUAAGUGUACAGUGUGCCUAGAGCGGAUGGAUGAAUCUGUUAAUGGAAUUUUGACAACGGUUUGCAAUCACAGUUUUCACAGUCAGUGUCUGCAGCGAUGGGAGGACACUACAUGUCCUGUGUGCCGAUACUGCCAAACCCCGGAGCCCGUGGAAGAAAACAAGUGCUUUGAAUGUGGUGUUCAGGAAAAUCUUUGGAUUUGUUUAAUCUGUGGUCACAUUGGUUGUGGUCGAUAUGUUAGCAGACAUGCAUAUAAGCACUUUGAGGAAACACAGCAUACCUAUGCAAUGCAACUAACCAAUCACAGAGUCUGGGACUAUGCUGGAGAUAAUUAUGUCCAUCGAUUGGUUGCAAGUAAGACAGAUGGCAAAAUAGUUCAGUAUGAAUGUGAGGGUGACACCUGCCAAGAGGAAAAGAUCGACUCUCUGCAGUUAGAGUAUUCCUACUUACUUACCAGUCAGCUGGAGUCCCAACGAAUUUACUGGGAAAACAAGAUUGUUCGCUUGGAGAAAGACACAGCUGAAGAGAUUAAUAAUAUGAAGGCAAAAUUUAAAGAGACCAUAGAUAAGUUUGACAGCCUUGAACAUAGACUGAAUGAUCUUUUGAAGGAAAAACAAGCCGUGGAAAGAAGGUGCACUCUGCUUAAUACCAAAGUGUCCAAGCUCACCAGUGAGCUGAAAGAAGAACAGGAAAUGAACAAAUGCCUGCGAGCCAACCAGGCAGUGCUACAAGCCAAACUCAGAGAAGAAGAAAAUCUUCGAAAGGAAACUAAUGAGCAGAAGGACACACAGAUAAUGGAAAUGCAGGAACAGCUGCGUGAUGUAAUGUUUUACCUGGAGACACAGCAGAAGAUCAACCACUUGCCAGCAGACACACGACAGGAGAUUCAAGAUGGUCAAAUCAAUAUAGCAAUGGCAUCUUCCAGCUCUCCUUCUUCAGCAGGAAAACUUACAUCAAGAAAGGGACGUGGAAAACGGGGCAAAUAAGAUGUCCUUUAAUCAUUGUUUUUCAAUAUGGAUGUCAUUGCUCAGUCUGACUUCCUUAUACAAUUUUAAAGCCUUUUAAUGAGUUGGUUAGCUAGCAAGAAAAUACACUGGUGUCAUAAAUGGAGAUAUAGUUAAGGCUUAUAUAUUAUCGAUAGAAGCUUUUCAGCACAAUUUUGAUCCUGAUGUAAUCUUGUUUUUAAAGCUGCUUCCAAUGAGCUUUAUGGGAGAGUUUCAGUUGAGAACAAUCAGGGGUAGUAGUCUUAACCCUUUUACUGCUAGAAGGACCUGCAACACUUUAUCUUCUCUUCUGGCAUUAUUUGUUAAAACUGAGAAAAUAGAAAGUUCUGUCCAAAGUACAUUAGAGAUUAAUGAUUAUUGGGUAUAUUUAGACUACAGUAGUCAGAAAUAUAAGAGUUUUUAGUAAUUUAAGAGUGCUUAAAAUUGGUAUUACGUCUACGUAGGUAGUCAUGAGUCAACACAAUCCUCAAACCUUCUGAUGCUAUACAGUAUACACUUACUGGUCAGUUCUAGUGCUUUAAUAUUAAUAGUGCCCUUGUUCUCCUCACUAUUUGACCACCAGACAGACAUAUUUCAGUGUAGGAUCUUAUGCAGAGUGGAUAUAAUAGUAACAGUAAUUUGCGUUGCUUUUUUUUUCUUCCCAAAAACAGCCAUCUUAACUGACAUAUUUAUUUAAUACUUGUUUAAAGGUGGAAAGGAAAGGCUUUAUGAGUAUGUUGAAAUACCCUCCCAAAACCAUUGCACUGUUUCAGUAACCUGGAGCAACAAGUACAUUUUUGGUUCUGUUUACUGAACCAAUGUUCUCAGUGAUGCAAAAAUAAUUGUUAUAUUGUAUCUUCCUUUUUUUUUUUUUUAAUUCGAUUACUGCAAUAUCUGCAUUAAAUUAUUAACGACACAA